AUGGCCGGGCCGGGGCGGCCCGACGGCACCAGCGCACCCCUGGAGAUUGUCCUGCUGGACAAGGUGUCCAGUGGCUUCUCCGGUGUGGUCCAGCUACUGGAGUGGGUUGAGCUCCCCAACAACAUCUUGAUGGUGCUGGAGCGGCCAGAGCAGUCUCAGGACCUGCACCAUUUCAUUCAAGCACGGGGCUUCCUGUCCGAGGGGGUGGCGCGGCAGCUGUUCCACCAGGUGCUGGAGGCCGUGCGGCACUGCACCAGCUGCGGGGUCCUGCACCGCGAUAUCAAACCAGAGAACAUCCUGGUUGACCUGGCCACCAGGCAGGCCAAAUUGAUUGACUUUGGCUGUGGCACCUACCUGCAAGAGACAGCCUACACUCACUUUGCAGGAACACCAUCAUACAGCCCCCCGGAAUGGACCCGCUUUGGCUGGUACCAUGGCGAGCCAGCUACCAUCUGGUCCCUGGGCAUCCUGCUGCACGAGAUGGUCUGUGGGAAGAUGCCUUUCAGGAGGGGCUGGAACUUCAGCUGGGGCCAGCUCUCACUGCCACAACGGCUCUCUCCAGAGUGCCAAAAUCUGAUUGGGUGGUGUUUAUCCAUGCACCCCUUGGCCAGACCCUCAUUAGAAGAGGUGUUCUGUCAUCCUUGGAUGCAGGAUAUUGAUCUGCCCUAGAAGAAGGGAGAGAGCCACAGGCACACUGUGCUGCAGGGCCCUGGGAAGGAGAAGGAGCCCCCAGAGAAGCUGUACCAGGUGGGGCUGCUGCUGCAGGAGACAGCGAGGAUGACAUCAAGGAUGACAUGAAGGAUGACAACCUCUUCCUCAACCUGGCCACCAGCAGUUGAAGAGGAAGCAUUCUGGUUGGUCCAGUCUGGAUCAGGAAGUUCUUGGGAGCAGCUGUGGCGUGGAUGGGCCGUGCCCUUGGAGCAGGCUGAGGACAUCGUUUGGGACCAGCUUUUCUUCCAGCCAUGGAUGGCGUGAGAAAAAUCAUCCUAAAAAGGAAUGUACAGCAAAAAGAGAAACAUUUCUGAUAAACAAUGAAAAUGUAGGCUCCUCCUCUGUUUACUUUUCUCUGGAUACCCUUAAGAAAAAAAUCUAGCAGAUAUGAGCAGAGGUGUGAAGUGUUUCCUUUGGACUAAGCUGGAGUUCAG